AUGAGUGCCUAUCCGACUGAAAUAGAAUACGAAUAUUCCUUCCUUACAAUUACUGGCAAUCUAAUCAAAAUUCUUGGUGAUUUUCUGUGGUAUUAUCAUGCAAAGCCAAAGUGUUUUACAUAUGGCCACUUAUUUAGGAACAGAGAGUUUGUGUUCAUCAAUGAUUUCUUGAAUCCCACCUUAAUAUUAUUAUAGGAUAACUUUGCCAAACCUCCGAAUCUGGGUAUUGUUUCUUUACAUGAACAUAAUUUAUAUGCCAUAUCAAAGCCUUCUUUUACGAUUUUAAACAGAUCAACAGAAGUCUAAAAUGGCUCUUAAAUGCUAUGA